AUGGCCAGUACUCCAGAGGAAUUCUUUGCUAAGGGUCUCAUGGACCCAUCACCUCCAUCCCCAGCUGUCUUCCUAGACUUAACCCUAAUGCCUGAAGGUUGUCAAGGCCCAUUCUCACCUGAUGACACAGUGCUUUCGUAUGUAUCGGUCAUGCUCAUGGAGGAAGAUACUGACGACAAUUUGUUGUACCAGUACUCUGAUCACCCUGCACUAUUCCAGGUGCAGCAGUCUUUUGCUCAAAUCCUCUGUCCCCCUUCCUCUAGAGUGGACCAUGACAACACAAACAGGGGUGACAUGGAUGGAAUCAAGGAUUUGUUUCAGAAUAACAAUGGUCACCAAAGCACACUGGACUCGACCUUCUCCAAGGGCGUGGAUGCAAUGGUUGCAUUCUUGAGGGGCGUGGAAGAGGCCAAGACUUUCUUGCCCAAUGACAAUAGUUUUAGAAGGGACGAAUUAGUGAAUUGUAUGUCUAGGGAAAGCAGCAGCCACUGUGGGGUCAAGAAGAGACACAAUAGGGACAAACAUCAAGAUGAGGUAAGCAGGGCCAGAAAAGCUGUAAAGAUGAUGGAGGAGGAGGAGAUUGGUGCGUAUAAGAUGUUCGAGGAGAUGAUGUUUCGCGGCUACGAGAUAUGCAUCACGAGCAUGGAGAAUUUGCGCAUUUCCAUGGCCAUGGAGUCAGAGAAGAAUAACAGAAAGAGCAUUAGCAUCAAGACAAGGGAUGUGGUGGACUUGCGCACACUGUUGGUCAUUUGUGCACAGGCGGUGGCUGCAAACAAUCACAAGAGUGCACGUGAGCUACUGAAGCAGAUCAAGAAACAUGCAUCAACAUCAGGGGAUGCCACGCAACGGCUAGCUCAAUGUUUCGCCAAGGGGCUGGAGGCACGUCUACUGGGAACCGGUAGCCAUCUUUGGCACUCGCUCAUUACGGAGCGCCCAUCACUCAUGGAGUUCCUCCAGGCCUACAAGUUGUACCUGGAAGCUGAAAGCUUCAUCAAGGUGGCAGUAACUUAA